AUGUCGGGCGGCCCUCUGCUGACCGCAGACGGCCGCGUCGUCGGCGUCAAUACGCUGGUCCGCCCGGAGCUGCGCGCGCUCGGCAACUAUGCGCUCUCCUCCGACACAGCGAGGGCGGCGGCGGAGGAGAUUGCGGCGAGGUGCGUGCCGUCGGGGUGCGACGUGGCGGCGGGCGCGGUGCUGCUGCUGUACAACGACGGCGUCAACAGGCGGGAGGCGGUGGAGGCGGCGCUGGUGGCGGCCGGGCUAAGCCAGGCGCAGGCGACGGAGGCGAUGCUGGGCGCGCACACAAAGGGGCGCGGCGUCGUCCGCUCUUGGUCCGCCGCGAAGGAGCCAGGCUGGGCGGAGGAGGCGGAGGAGAUGAUGGCGGCGCUGGCCGCGGCGGACCUGCUGGUGGAGGUGGAGGCGAUCUUCGGAGGGGACGGGUGA